AUGGUGAUAGAAAUUCCCCAGUGUGAAGAUCUCCAUCCAUACCCCGUUUCUCCCGUAUCCAUAACAACCACCCUGCAACAGAAUGAUUCAUCCCAGCAGUGUGAGGGGCUGGCGGGGGACCUGCCCUCCCUGUCCUGGCUCACCACUGUGGAUGUUCCCUCCCUGCAGCAAAGGGCUUGCAGCAAGCUGACUUCCAGCACGGAACCUCAGGACUGCAUGCAGGAGUCUGACACAAGCAGCAGCAUGAGAACAGCACAGGGCAGCAUAAUGUGUCCUUACAGCAACACACAGAGCACUUACAUGGACGUGAACUCACAGAACGGAGAAAUGACAGAGUAUCCAGGAUUCCAGUACACCUCAGACUUCUAUGACUUCUCACCACAACUGACUUCCCCCUCUCCUGUCUGCAGUGGAGGCCCUGACCUGUGCGAGCAGCAGCAUGGCCGCAGUCUCUACAGCAACCAGGACCAGCAACACACCAGGCCCUUCCCCAAACCCAUGUACUCCUACAGCUGCUUGAUAGCCAUGGCUCUGAAUAACAGCCAGACAGGCAGCCUGCCGGUCAGUGAGAUCUACGGAUUCAUGAGGGAGCACUUUCCUUACUUCAAGACAGCCCCGGAUGGCUGGAAGAACUCAGUCAGGCACAACCUGUCCCUGAAUAAGUGUUUCCAGAAGGUGGAGGUGAAGCAGGGGAGCUCUGGGAAGGGCUGCCUCUGGUCCCUCAACCCCGCCAAGGUCAACAAGAUGGAGGAGGAGAUCCAGAAGUGGAAACGUAAAGACCCUGUGGCCAUCCGCCGCAGUAUGGCCAACCCUGACGAACUGGAAAAGCUGAUGUCAGACCGUCCGGAAGGCUCUCAGGGAAGGGCAUGCUGGGACCCCAGGAUGAACUGUGUCCCCUGCAGGCCUCCCCUCUCAGGCCGCCUGCCUGGGGCCCCCUUCCACCUCCAGGCUCUCGCUGGCUCUCCUCUUCCUGCCCAGACACCCCCUCUCCACCCUGGCCUAGACUUCUCCCACAGCCCCCUGGCCGCACAUAACCCCUACCAGAGCCCCCACGCUCUGCUCAACCAUCAACCAGACUACAUGGUCGAGGUGGACACCAGCUUCGUCGAUUUCGCAGGUUGUCUGUGGGAGGAGAUGAGGGAGGAGGGUUAUGACCUGGACACUGUGGGCCUGUUCAGCGGCUCCCCGCUGUGCGUGUCUGAGCGUGAGCUGAGCGUCCCCCUGGGCCAGCAGGAGGAUAGGCACAUGGAGGACCUGUACACCACCCUGGCCAUGGCGACCGCUGUCCCCUCUCCCUACAUCACCACACAGGACGCGGGCCAGUCCAUGGUCCUGCUCUGACUUCCGGGGGGAAUCUUUUACUAACACUGUGGAACUGAGGACAUUUAAAUGUGUUUAUUGCCCACUCUAAAACUUUUUGAUAGGAUGUGUUUAUACGUUAGUUAGCUUUGUUCGAUGUUGUACAGUUAUAUUCCGCAAUUAAAUUGAGUAGAGACACACCAUGUUGUUGGUCAUGCGAACUGGAAUCUUCAUGUUCCUAUUGUCUGCAGGAAACUGUUUGACGAAAGGGUACCAUCUAGUGACAGCUCAGGGUAUUACAACUACACACCCAAACACUGGAGUUUGGAUAAAAUCUUGCAUGAAAUUACCAAUCUGCCACAAAACGAUUAAA